AUGACAAAUAAUUCAUUAAAUAUAAAACAAAGAACUAAAAAUAGUUCAUAUUCAAUAUUAUUUUGUGCAAUGAUAAUUUUUCAAAUAAUUGCAUAUGGUUCUUAUUCAAUAUUAGUUCAUUUAUGUGAAAAAAAUGGUAUGAUUACAUUUUCAUCAGUAAUAAUGAAUUUUAUAAUUGAAUUUAUAAAAUUAUUAUUUUCUCUUCAUGCUUUUAUAUGUUUAAAACGAAUUCAUUUAAAUAAAAUUCAAAUUUUCUUAUGGUUUAAACAAUCAAUAUUAUAUUCAAUACCAGCUAUUCUUUAUUUUUUAAAUAAUAAUUUAGCUGUACAUAUACAAAUUCAUAUGGAUCCAACAUCUUAUCAAAUUUUAUCAAAUUUUAAAAUAUUUACAACAGCUAUUCUUUAUCGUUUAAUUAUGAAAAAACGAUUAAUAAAACAACAAUGGUUUGCAUUAAUAUUACUUUUUUUUGGUGGUCUUACUUAUAGUUUAGGUACAUUUAAAAGUUCAUCAUUUAUUUCAAAGACUAUUACAAAUUCAACUAUAAUAAUGCGUGAAACGUAUAUACGUCCAUUAGGUAUUCCAAUGAUAGUUAUUUAUUGUACAUUAAGUGGUCUUGCUGGUGUUUAUAAUGAAUGGAUUUUAAAAAGAAAUUAUAGUGAAUCACUUCAUCUACAAAAUAUAUUUCUUUAUACUUAUGGAACUUUUUUUAAUUUAAUACCUGCUAUUAGUAUGAUGAUAACAACUUCAAAAACAACUAAUCAUCUAAAUCUAUUUCAUGGUUUUACAUUUUAUACAUGGUUAAUUGUAAUUACACAAGUAUUAAAUGGUUUAAUUAUUGAUGACGAUACCGUCUAUCCUUAUGGUACUGUUGAAAAAAAGGACGAAGCUUUGUAUAAUGAAAAAGAAAUUUAUGAUAGUGAAGAAUAUAGUGAUGACGAUGUUAUAUAUCCAAAUCGUUCAACUAGUUCCUCAUCAAAUUCAGGACAAAGUAUCGAUGGACAAUGGAUAAUAGUUGAACCUGGAAAUGAUAAGAUAUCACGAGUCUUACCAGCUUUUCAAGAAAAAACUGGACCUAGUUUUCCAGUUAGCUCUUGUUCUUCACCGGCUGAUUUCUACAAUGAAAUGCUACCUGAUUCAUUAUUUGAUCAUAUUGUUAUAUGUACUAAUACGCGUGCUCGUGUUCAUUUUGAUAAUACUAUAUCAUUAUCACAAAGUAAAGAAUCAUGGAAACCAGUAAGACUUUUUUCAAAAUUCUAA